GUGCCCUAAGUGAGCAAAAACAAGGAAAGCGUACAUAUCGCGAGAUGUGCAACUCACGGAGGGACAAGCUGGCGUUAAUUGGCUAGUCGCUGAAACGAAGUUUCCCCACGAAAGGUGUUGAAAAUACGUCCAUGCCGCUGAACACGCAGACCGCCGCUACCGCCAGGCUGGCCCAGCUGCCGCUGGUGCGCUCGGCCUGCGCCAGCCUGUCAGUGUUGUACGGGGACGCCAAAAGCCGCAACCCGGGCCUCAGGUUUGUUUGUGAGAGGCUGGAGAGCAGCGCCGCCCUCUUCACAUCGGGGGCUCGUCACCGAGUGUCACCUGUCCUCACCAAAUUCAAGCCGCAAGUUUCCUUUGCCGAUGAUGUUGCAUGUAAAAGUCUGGACUGGUUGGAGGCAACGUUCCCUGUGCUGCAUACAUCCACAGACCAGCUUGUGGCUGGUGUCAGGAGUAAGGUGUUGGAGAUGCAGGAUGCGGUGACCAUUGCGGCCCACGGGACUGUGGAUUGUGUGCAGCACGCGGUCACAUGUAUUGUGGAGAGGGUGCAGCAGCCGGACGACCUCUCGCUAGUGGGAAGGGCCGUCGCUGCGUCCAGCAUGGGACUGGCUUCUGCACUGAACCUAUCUGAAGCUCUGGUGGAUCGCAUGCUGACAGAGGAAGAAAAACAGGAAGAGGAUGUCGUGGUGGAAGGUUCUGAGGCGGCUGCGUCCGUGAGAAGGUACUCUGUGCGACUGGUGACACUCUCCAUUACGCUGUGCAGGAGAACCAUCCAACUGGCUGGAGCCAAGAUGCAGUCUACUCAGAUCAUGGGGGCUUUUUCCACAUCUUCAAGUCAGCUUCAUAUCCUGCUGGCUCUGGCGUGGAGUCUGGAGCAACUCCCUCUACAUGUACAGCAGCAGAUUGUGUCGGUAUUCUUCUACUUCACACAAAUGUUCAACUUGGGAGUUGCCGAACAGAGCUGCUCCAAACAGGAUAGAAGUGUUUGCCUCAGUGCAGGAGCACCAGAGGCAACAUCAACACCACACAAGGUCAUCAAGUAUAGUUCACGACCAAAUUCUAAUUGGCAAGCGAGAAGAACCGCCAGCAUCUGUGUGUUUGAGAGCCGAUUGACCCCAUUGGGUAAAGGAGAGGGCACUGUUGACAGUUUUCACUGAGUGGUUGAUGUAUUGCAUAUGUACAUGUAAAUAAAGGCACUUGAAGAUUAA